UCAUCAGUAUAAAAUGAUGAAUAUCAUGAAAAUUAUUUGAUUGAAAAUCGUUAUUCAUCUUUUGAAUAUUUCAUCUAUAAAUAUACCAAGAUUUCAACAAGAAAAAUAAAAUCGAACGAAAUAAAAAAUCAUGGAAUUUUUCGAUUCCACUGGUAUAAGUAAUGAAGAAGCUCAGGCUUUAGAUGUUAUCAAACAUGAAUCAUCGGGUGUUGAGUUUCUUUUAAAUUACAAUGUAAAUCAUCAUCUACAAUCCAACAAUAAUAAUUGUUAUCUAAAUAGUCCAAAUGAACAUUCAAAAUUAUCGAAUACAUCAUCAUCAUCAUCAUCAUAUCUUUUGAAUGGUGAUAUACGAUCAUCACCUAACACACAUACAAUACAGCCACCUACAUUAUCAUCAAGCCAAAAUUCUUUAUUAUCAACAACAUCAACAACUACAUCAAACCAAACUAAUCAUUAUCAACAUCAUCAUCAUCAGAAUAAUCAUUCAUUUGAAAAUUCUCAUCAUCCAAAUCACCAUCAUCAUAAUAAUAAUAAUAACCAUUAUCAUCAUCAACAACCCCGUUUUAUUAAUCAUCACCAUCAUCAUCAUCAUCAUCAGCAACAACAACAUCAUCCAAAUCAUAAUGAAUGGGAAACAACAACGCCAACAAGAACAGCAGUCACAACAUCAGCCUCAAAUCAUCAUGAACAACAACAACAAUCUUCACCACCAAAUUCAAAUGUUUUGGUUGCAAAUUUAGCCCAAUCAGCUGGUGCUGGACAUCCACCACAUCCAUAUAUAUUUGGUGCAGCCUAUUAUCCACAUCCACCUCCACCACCACCAAAUCAUCCAUAUGCAAUUCAUGCUUUACCUAUCGGUGCAUCACAACCACCACCACCAGUCCAUCCAAAUGCAACGGCCGGUUCAGUCAAUCAACAUCAACGAAUGCAAAAUAUUGCUAUGCAUUCAUCAUCGAAUAAUAAAAAUUCAAAGAAUCCAUCUAAUGUCAAUAAUUCACCUAUCUGUGAUAUUCGUAACUCUUCAAACAUAUAUAUGUCGUCUCAGUAUUCUGACGCAACUCGGCAAAUGAUUGAUGUUGCACAACAUCAACGUCUUAAGAAUGCAUCGGUCUCAGGUGAUCAUCAAAGUGGAGGCAAUAUUAGUGAUCAGACAUUAGUUUCCAAUGGUGGUUCUGCAACUGUGGCCAUGCCUGCUCAUCACCUAAGUCCUUACGCUAAUCCUUAUGCCUUUCAGCAUCAUGCCUUGACAUUUCCGCAUCAUUUUACUCAUCAACCAUUCUAUUAUGUUACACCUGAAAGCUUUUUACAAUAUCCAUCUAUUCAACCACCACAGACACAUAUAUCACCCAUUCCUCCUCCCGCUGCUCAUCUCAUCAACACAUCAUCAUCGAUCAAUUUACCAUUAACAUCAUCAUCUAAUCAACCACCACAAUUAUUGGCUUCAUCUUCAAUACCAUCAGCUGCAGCUAUUGUAACCACACUUUCUUCUUCAUCGAUGUCUGCCUCAUCUGCAGUAUCAUCGGCUUCAACAACACCAUAUCAAAAUAAUAAUCAAUCGGGUCAAGAGGUUCGAAUUUUAGAAGCUCAAACAAAUGUAUCCUCAUCCGAUAACUCCGAACAGCAAUCAUCAUCACCCCCUUCUGCAUCGAAUGAUAAAAUCUCUAUGAUAGAACAAAAUGUGCCUUCUCAGUCGAUAUUUAUUCAAGAUGAAGAAAACAAAACUAAUCAAAAUUCUUCCGACCCAAUCUCAUCUUCACCAACUGAAACUUCUGAUGUUAAACAGGCCUCCGAUUAUCUCAAACUUUGUUUGAAUAUUUCUGAUUCAUCUAACAACGAUACCGAUGAUAAAACUGAUGUUAAAGAUUCCGAUCAAAUUGCCACUCCCACCGUGAUCAAUAAUAAACCAAUAACAAAUACUGAAAUGAUCGAAUCAGUAGCCGAUGCCUCUUCGGCCCAACAAUUGGCUAAUAAACAAUCUGAGGAUCAGUCUUCUUCUUCGAAUAAACCUUCCACAUGGGCUUCCAAACUUUUUCCUACCAGUAUCUCAACUGGACUGAACAAUAAUAUUGAAAAUCAGAUUCCCAAUUCAAUAAAUAAAGAAGAAUCCAAAGUCAUUGUAAAUACUGAUAAUAUUGCAACCAAUUCGGUGGUCACCACAAUGACAACCGAAAUAAAAUCACAAAGUUCACAAUCAAAUGGUGAUUUUCCCGAAUUGAAUGUGAUUGGAAAAAAUCAUCAUUAUUCAAAUAAUCGACGUACGCAAGGCAGAUCAUCGAAUGCUGAUCAUGAUGAUUUCAAAAAUAUAACUGUUAUACCAAUGAAAAAUGAUCAGAUUGCUUUUAAACUAGCCAAAAGAUUGCGCGAUAAUAUUCAUUUGAAACAUUCGCUUCCAACAAUUAUGCCUCGAGGAUUAAUUAAUCGAGGAAAUUGGUGCUAUGUUAAUGCUACUUUACAAGCAUUGUUAGCCUGUCCUCCAUUUUAUAAUUUAAUGCGUGAAAUUUCUGAAACACAAGGACUUUUCCGUCAAUCUACAUCGACACCGAUCAUUGACAAUUUUGCCCGUUAUUUUGUAAAAUUUUUGCCAACAGAUAAUAAACGUCAGGUAAAAAAUGUUGGCAAUUCAUAUCUUGAGGAAUUGCUCAAUGCCGAUCCUUUCGAACCAACAUUCAUCUAUGAUACAUUAAAACAUUGUGGCAUGAUCAAAAAUGAUGCACAACGUGGUCAUCAAGAAGAUGCAGAAGAAUUUCUGUCAUCUGUUCUUAAUGGUUUGAAUGAAGAAAUGAUACAUUUAUCAAAAUUAUUAGACGAAACAAAUGAAAAGAAAACUAGUGUAGAAAAAACCAAUGGCUAUAGUUUGGCGGGCGAUAAAUCGACUUCAUUUGAUUUAGAGCUCGAUGAUCAGCUUGGUUUAUGCCAUGAUGUCGAUGAAGAUGGUGUACAGGAUUCAUCUAAUGAUAUUUGGCAUGAAGUUGGUAAUUCAAAACAUAAGUCUUUGCCAACUAGAUCGGCUAAAAUAAUCUCAACAUCAAUCACUGAAAUUUUCGGUGGAUCAACAUUAGAUAUCCGAACUGUAAACAAAGAUAAAGAUUCUUGUGGUAAUAGGCAGCCAUUUUUCACACUCCAACUUGAUAUUAAGCCAUCAACUAUCAAAACUUUGGAUGAUGCAAUCCGUUGGCAAACAAAAUCCGAGACCAUUCAUGGUUAUACAUGUUCGAAAACAAAACAAAUUGUCGAUGCUAGCAGUCAAAUGUUUUUGGAGAAUCUUCCACCCAUUUUGAUACUGCAUUUAAAGUUGUUUGAUUAUGAAAUCGAAACAAAUGCCAGCAAAAAAUUGCUAAAAACGAUUGAAUUUCUUGAAAACUUUGAAAUUCCUCGUGAAUGUGUCACUGGAAAAAUUGAUCAUCGUUGUCGACGAUAUAAACUAUUGGCAGUCGUCUAUCAUAACGGUACCGAAGUGAUAAAUGGUCAUUACAUUACCGAUGUAUAUCAUCUUGGUCUGAAUCAAUGGCUCCGUUGUGAUGAUUCAAAUAUUAAAGUGAUCUCACUAGCAAAAGUACUCACAGGAAGUGAACGCGAAGGCAACUUGGUGCCUUAUCUACUUUUUUAUCGACGUUAUGAUACUCUUCAUAGCAAUAAUUCAUCACAAUCUUCGGCAAACAAUACCAACAAUAAUAACAACAACAAUAAUAUACAACCAAACAAUUCUGGAUCAAAACGAUCAAUUAAUAGCGGUAGUGGUAACCAUAUGGCCAAUGAAUUUGGUCAUCAUCAUCAUCAUCACCAUCAUAAUCAUCAUCAUAACAGUGAUCAACAAAGUAAUAAUAAUAAGCACCAAGAUUCAAUGUUGGCCAACAAUAAGUUUAGUUCUAUUUCUCGUCAACAAUAUUGAUGAUCAAUGUUAUAGAGGUCAUAGAUUUUUGUUCUAUUUAAUUUUUGAACAUUUUUUUAAAGAAAAAAUCAUAUUAAUGAUUGAUUGAUUUUUUUUGUACGUGAUAAUCACUUUGUCGGAAACACACACACACACAUAAACAAACACACUUACAAAUGACCGUGAUAUAUAUGUAAAUUGUAUACACUAUUCAGAUUUAUCUAUUUGCUGAUAUUCAAACAUACAGAAAACACACACACACACAAAUUCAUUUGUAAUUCAAUUUCAGUCGAAAAUCAUUUUCAUUAACACUUUCUUCUAAAAAAAACCCCUAUAACACUCUGUCCCAUUGUUAAAUUUAUCAUUUUCUUU